GGGCGCGGGGUGAGGCCGGGCCGUGCCGUAGCAACCGGGCGGUCUCCAGGCUCACAGCGGCACCGAGCGCGGCCGGGCAGGCGGCGGAGAGGCCGCGGCUGGAGGCAGUGAUUCCUCAAGGUUUCAGAAUAAAGCAAAGAGGAGCUGCCAGUCAAGAGAUCUAUCAUGACUGCUAAUCCAUCUAAGAGACUUGCCUGGAGUGACUAUGCCUUUGAUUCAAAGCACAGGCAAGAUCCUGAAGAUUUCCAUGAGGUUGACAAGAAGAAAUCAAAAGAGAAGAAAAGGAGACUGGCAGUUGGUCAGUGGAGAACAGAUGUACAGUCCCUUGUUUCUUCUUCUAAAUGGCUUCAGCGUUAUGGUCUCAAAAGAAACAAAUUGUCCCUGUCCCAAAUUUUGUCCCAGAUUGGAUUCCAGCACAGGAAAGAUUAUGUGACCACCUUGGGGAAACCUGUGGCUUCUCGAUAUGCAGAUGGUCUGUUUCCUCAGUACAAGAGAGCACAAGAUGGCAGCGUGUAUAAUCUGACAGCCAAAAAAGAACUGAUUCUUCAUUUUGUGGAUUGUCUAAUUGGAGCUAUUGAGCUAUAUAAGCAGCGAAUGGAAUGGUUAACCAGUGAGAGCCGGCAGAUAUUUGGAGUGAUUCAAGAACAGUGCAUUGUCAUUGUGUUGGAUUUUGGCACUGCAGCUCCAGCUGAAUUUGAUCUAUGUCGGGAUGCACUUUCUAUGGUGCUUGUGGAGCAGGUGAUACAAAUUUCCAGAUUCAACCUCAUUCGGGCUGCUCAGGAUCUUAUGAAGUGGCAACAGAAAUGUACUCCUGUGUCUGAGCGUACUGUAAAGUCUGCAGUUACAUGGCUCUGGAAGCUGGAGCAUAUGACAGCUGUCAGCCGCACCAGCUCUGCUGAAGCUCUGCUGGAAGCCAUGGGUGAUGAAGCGGUUGAAGCUAUUUAUUACUUUGCUGUGGGGGAUGUUCCAGUGGACACAAAGCAGCUACUUCUUGAGAAGAUUUCAGAUGUCUCCUGUCCAGUCAACACAGUGUCUUUCAAUGCUAGGGAAGAUGAAACUAUUAUUUUUCUGAAGGAGUUGAGCCACUUGGCCUCUGGCAGAUUCCAUGCUUUUGCUGAGAAGAAUAACUGUAGAGAUGCUACUGGACCUGCACUAAAAUGUGAAGAGGAUGGAAAAGGAUUAAUUGCCCUGAGCUCUGGAAAAGUGAAAGAGAGAAUGCCACUAGUAGCUGGUGUCCGUGAAGAUGUGUUUUUGAUCUGGAGGGAGCUGGAGGAAGCCAAGAGUACAGUGAGACAAGUUCAGGAAAUGUUAUCAGAAUCUGACCAGUCUGCUUCUCAAGACGCAAACAAAGGUGAUCAUCCAUUAUCAAAACAUAUAACUGACAAAUAUUUGACUUCAGAGAAGUGGUUGCAGAAUUAUGGCUUGAAAGCUCGGAAGCUUACACUGUAUGAUGCACUUGCCGAUAGUGUUUUUCAACAUGUAGAUGGGCCUGUUGACAUAAAAACUAAACCAGAGGAUGAAUGCUCACAAACUGAUGCUGAGACAAAGAGGAAGAUAAUUCAUGCAAGAUACUGUGACAAGUUUGUACAUACUCUCUGGAAAGAUGGAUCUGUAGUUCAUGUAUAUGUUUCUACAGAAAAGUAUAAGCAAUAUGAAGAGAAAAUGAGGACAGCUCUCAGACAAGUAGAAGGAAGGAUUAAGUGGCUUCAACAAGGAAGCAGAGGGCUUUUUGGAAAUGUGUUUGAAGAUGAUGUCUAUAUUCUUAUUGAUACAUCCCAGUCUAUGAGCAACAAGCUGCCACUAGUGAAGGAAAAAAUAUUUCAGCUAAUGCAGGAGCAACUGAGACACAAGAAGAGAUUUAACUUUGUGAAAUUUAGUGCCCAAGCAGUGGCAUGGCAAGAGAAGCUUGUUGAAGUUAAUGAGGAAAAUUUGCAAGAUGCUUGGCUUUGGAUAAAAGGGCUUGAGGCUGGAAGUUCCACAAAUACACUCAAAGCUCUCCAGAUUGCUCUUUCUGAUGCUGACACUCAGGCUAUUUAUCUCUUGACCGAUGGGAGACCUGACCAGCCCCCCCAGAUAAUUUUGGCUGAAGUCCAGCUUCACUGUAAAAUUCCCAUCCAUACUGUAUCCUUCAACUGUGAUGACAUAGAAGCCAAUAAAUUUUUGUAUGAACUAUCUACUAAAACAGAGGGGCGGUUUCAUUAUUACCACAUUUAUUUGAGUGAUCCUGAUACUACAGAGUUUAUUGUUAAUAAAGACAUACAUCUUUUGAAAAAAGAAAUUGAUCAAGGAGAGAAAGAUCUAGAGAAAGUGAAGACCUUUCAUGAGAAAAGUCUGAUGAUGAAUUCUUAUAGUGAAGAAAAUAAUCCGGAGAAGAAGAGUAGGUCUUGCUGUGCUUCAGAAGAGCCAUCAGUACCAUCACAUGAGCAAACCAGGCAAAGCUCUGCUGCCAGUCCAGCCCAAAGAAAGAAAGCAUUAUAUGCAGAUCAAACAAAGACAAGUCUGCAAAUCCUGAACCGUGGUGUGAAAUUAAGGGAAGAAAGCCCAGAGGAAGGAGUGUCUCCAGAGGAAAAGAGUUUUUCUGUCAAAAAGGGAGUGAAAUGUACAACCAUUUUCAAAGGCAAGUUGACAGAACAAGAAGUGUCGGCUGGGAAAGAUGGUAAGGAUUCUCCCAUUACAUUUUCUCUCUUUUCUAGCUCUCUAGAUGUCUCUUCAGCUCUUUGGUUAAAGACUCAUGGCUUGGCUGCUAGGCAGCUCACCAUCAUGGAUGCCUUAGCUCCUGCAACUGUCCUUCACAGUACAAAAUACAUCGCAGUUCUGGACAAGCAUGUAGUUUCUAAAGUAUUUGAUAAGAUGUUACCAUUGGCCCAUGUUAGCAGUGACAAGAAGGGGAUUGCACUAAUUAAUCCUUGGGCAGUGAAUCUUGAGGCCUAUAAAAAGAAGCUGGAACAAGCAAUUAAAUCCUAUGAGAGGCGCCUGAACCUAGUUAUUUGGAGAGCACUAUCUCAGGAGGAAAGAGACAAAUUUGAAGAGGAUGGGCCAGUCCAAUAUAUACAGCAUAAAGAAACUUUGCUGGAGGCUUUAGAGAAUCUGGGAUGGCCAGUUUCCUAUGAAGAUGUAAAAUUGUUAGAAGAUGAGAUAUUGACAGCAUUAACAUAUAUACAACAAGCCUCUGAUCUUCAGGAAACUGUCAAAAAGGAAAUUGAGAAAAGCUCAGAAUCACACAUAAGCAACAAUAAAAAGAGAUUUGAAGAAGAAAGUGGGAAGCUGAAGUCUAAGACAAGACAAAAGUGUCAAAUAUUUGUGACUCACAAAAGCCAAAAGGUAAUUGCAAGAUCAGAUGUCACAGGAUUUUAUUAUCCAGGAACUGUGAUAAAGAAUAUUAGUUCUACCUGUGCACUUGUUUACUUCAGCAAUGGAGAGAGCUGUGAUGUCCCUGUCAAGUUUACUAUACCUGUGGGAGGUGCUAUGCCAUGCCCACAUCUGCAGGUUGGAGACUAUGUGUUUGCCAGAACUGGGACACGGGCAGAAAAUGAAUGUUACGUACCUGCCAUUGUCAUAGCAACACCACAGAGGGUGGAGACAGGUGACAAACUCUACACAGUACUGCUGUUCAACAACAAGGAGGAACACUGUAUAAGAAGUGAGCUCAUUAAAAUCAGCCAAACCAAGUAUGCCUAUUCCUGCGAGUACAUAAGAAUGGUGCAGACAGUGGAUUGUGAGAUCCUGGAUGGUGAGACUAAAAAGCCCUGCCCUCACCCACCUGUGGAAGAUGAAGGAGGAGAACAAGCAAAGAAAAGUAUAGUGAAAGAAAAGAGGGGAAAAAAGAAAAAGAAGAGGACAACAGUAGACAAAAGGCAUCCCAGGGAGACAAUGUCAAACUUGGAUAAUCUUUCCUCCAGAAGUGAAGUAAAACAGAGAGGAAGAAAUUCACUGUCUAGCAAUAAGGAAGAAUUUAGAGGUAAAGAUGUGGCUCUGAAAGUGUAAGGAAUUAAUAAUUUGUGAUGGGCCUUUAGCUAUUCCCCACACAAGGAACGGGUUUCUGCAUUUCUGGGUGUUAGCCAAGUUAGCUUUCCCGUGUCUUAUAUGAUGAAAUUCUUUCACCUCCUUUAGAAACUGUUCUUGACACUUUCUCAGCGUGUGUUUUCACAGCAGUGGCAAGAAAUGAAUAAAGCAUGUUCCAGCAUAUGCCACCUUAAUUUCCAUAACAGUUGUAGUAGCAGUGAGAAUGCAGUAACACCAAACCUUAAUUCCUGCUUGUAAGCAGAGUAUUUAUUCCAGUCCCUCUUCUGUUUGUUCUUUGUUAGAUUGAAGUUAUGUCUAUAUUGAGGGUUUUUAAUUAUUGCACCUGUAGCUCAAUGCUUCAGAGGUUAAAUUGCUUUUGUUUUAUGAGCUGGCUCAGUUAAAGCUGACAGCAGUACCUCUACUCCCUGUCACUCUGGAGCAGGGAGUGGGCUAGUGUAGGCCUGCCAUUACAUGUCUGUCAGCUCUUAAUUUUCAAGAUCCUGCUGUCAGUGGAAAGAUAACAGGAUUUUUAUCCAUACUUGCUAGGUGUACCUCCUUGUACCAUUUAAAAUAUGUUUUCAAAGGCCUCAUUAUUUAUUUACUUUCAGAAGUGAUGGGUUAUAAAUUCACUCAAUCAUCAUGUUUUCAAUCAACUUGAUUUGGCUCAUCUGAAUAUUCCUUCUGUGUUCUCUCUCAUCCUUUAAAGAUUGCCUGCAAAUUCCAUAUACAUUGCUGAUAGUGGGUAUUAUGGUCACCAUUAUAUAAUGCACAUUUUAAGAGUGGCCUGAUCAGAAUUACAUGACAGCAGAGGUGUUGGGCUUGUCCAGUGAAAAACCAUGAUUUCCAAAGGAGGGGCUAUGUCGUUGGAAAUGCUGUUAUCCCAGACACCUUCCUUUUGGACUUUUCGAGAUGCAGAUUCUGAGGAAAGGUGAAAUAAUCCUAAUGUGAUGAGCAACUCCUUUAACUGAUUCCCUGCAGCUUGGAGGAAAGAUUAUACCAGAGCAUUGGUUAUCUAGGCAUUUUAAUCCUGCCUAGAUUUAGCAAAUAAUCUCACAGUAUUCUAACAAGGGUUCAAUGUCAUAUGCAGGUCAAACAUGCUGCAGAAGGUACCUUGUCCUCUUCUUGUGACACUGUAAAUAUUGAAGAUGGGUUUUUUCCCCUAAAAUUUAUUUUCAUUUACAUAUCAUUCUGUGUUUUAUCAGAAAGGGAAAAGUCAGAUCUGAUAAAGAUGUUAAGUAACACUAUAUGGUCAUCCUCACAUGGUUUCAUUAGAUACCUCUUUAUCCAGUCUCUCUACGUGACUGUCUAUUUCUCCUCUUUGGGUGUAGAUAGUUGCCCCAUUUUCAUACCAUGCAAAUGUUUCCGAGCACGCUGUGUAAGUUACAUAAUUUUGUAAGUUAUAUCAAAUAUGCUACCUGACCCCUGAUAUACACAUCUUUUUACACUGUGUUAAUGCUGGAUUUCAUUUUAAAGAUGAAGAGAAUAAAGAAAACAAAUUUGCCUGGCAUUUUUAUUCCUUAUGCUCAACUUCCAAUCAAGUAUGAACUAUUAGUUUACACUUACUGCUUGGCAGUUCAAUAUGUGUUGAGCACCAGUGAGAUUCCUCUAUGCAGGUUAACACUUUUCCUUAGAAGUUGUCAUAUUUGAUUUCAUUGAUGUGGGUAGGUGUUAAAUAACAUGGAUGAGGAGUUGGAAAGCCCUGCCAUUCUAAAGAAUUAUUCAGUUAGUCUCUGUGGACCAGGUAUUAAAAAUAUCAGAUAUCUAACAAUGGACUUUGCCUUCAUGGAGUUUUUGUAGCACUGAAAUAAGGCUGGAUAUUCAAGUCAGGAGCCUGAACUGCACAAGAGAGGUAAAAUACCCUGUUUUCCUCUUCAGACCCCUGUAUUACUCUGAAGUCUCAAAUAUCGCCCUUCAUAUGCUGGACACACCAAUGCUCAUCAGAGUGAUCCCUUUCCAGGUUUUCCUAGUAGUAGCCUUCAUUACUUCAUUAUUUUUGAUCUGUUUAUAUCAAAGGCAGACUUUU